GGCGUCAUCAGUUUUUCCAGUUAGAUUCAUACCUGACGAUCUCUGAACGGGCCUGAGUGCCACAGUCGGAAACCGCGCUGUAUAAAUGUGACAGCGUGGAGUCAGUGAGUGAGUACUGAACCCUGAGUAGCCUGCGACCUCGAUCGUCAGACAAACAACGCAACUCACUCGGACUGACCAAAAUGCAGUGGGCCAUCUUCGCCUUCAUCUGCGGCACCUUGCUGCUCUCUCUACCGUGUGGCGCGGCGACGAGAGCUGAUGGAGAUGACUGCUCAUUGCCAAAAGACGAAGGGCCCUGUAAAGCCAUAAACCAUCGCUAUUACUACAACGUUGCAACUGGAAAGUGUGAGAAGUUUGUUUAUGGUGGCUGCAUGGGGAACGAAAAUAAUUUUUUAUCAGCGAUUGACUGCACAGACCGAUGUGGAAGAACCAUUUAUAAGAGAGACAUCUGCUCACAGCCUGCAAAAUCUGGACCCUGUAAAGCCUAUCUGAUUCGUUAUUUUUACAACGUUAAAAGUCAGAAGUGUGAGAAGUUUAUUUAUGGUGGCUGCAUGAAGAAUGAAAAUAACUUUGUAUCAGAGAACGAAUGCACAGCACGUUGUGGAAGAACCAUUACUGACAAGUGCCAGUUGCCACCAGAAAUCGGAAUAUGUCGUGCCUUCUUAACAAGAUAUUUCUACAACAUCACAACAGGAAUGUGUGAGCAGUUUGCGUAUGGGGGAUGCCAUGGCAAUGCUAAUAAUUUCAGGGACAUAACUUCUUGCCAGAUGGAGUGCAAUCCAAUCUCACUACUGCCCUUGUUCUGCAUUAAACACAGCGACAGAGGAACCUGCGGAGCUGAUAUCCCACGGUUUUACUACAACCGAGAUACCAAUAGUUGUGAGAAAUUCAGCUACACAGGUUGUGGUGGGAACGAUAAUAAUUUUCCUAAUCUUAAAAAUUGCCAGAAGAUUUGUAGACCACGCAUUGCUAAUGAUUAACCAAUGUUGCUAAGUAACAACUAAAUUAGAUCCUUCACAGACUGGUAUCAGAAAAGCUCCAAAGAAGAAAUCCUCUUCUGUACGCAAAUAUAGCUACAUAGUGUUGAAGAAGAAAGGAAUGCCUGUGUUUUAAUAUCUGAGGAUGAAUUAAGUACUGUGCCUAUCACCCUUCUUAUUGUUCCAGUUUAAGCAUUUUUUAUGUUUUUUUAAUUGAAAAAUACAGUUGCCCCUGAAGUUUCAGAACAUGAAAACCAGGAUUAUAUUCAACAUAUGUAUUUCCCAGAGCAUUCCAAAAUUAGAGAUCAUUCCAAAUUAUUCUUUUGAUGGUCUUAUACAUAUGUCAUUAAAGUUGCUUAUGAAAUGUCCCUACAAAAACAGGAAAUUAACAGAAGGUUAUGAAUAAUUUACCUGUAGAAAUAUAUGUUGGACCAAAUUGUCACUGUAGGGAUAUUUAUUAAAUAAUCAAAAUUACACCUAUUUAAAAUGGAAACAUUCAAAAUGUGCACACUUUUAUCCUCAGGUAGGCACACAAACAUUUCCUGAGAUCACUUUAUGAUGUCAUCACUCUUCGUUUCAGUGAUCUAUUUUAGUCUACAGCAAUAAAAACCACCUAAGUUCUUUAUUGCUCUAACUAUUGUGCAUUGGCAAGUUAAUUCCUAUAUACAGUGUAAUUGUACUUUAAACAUUCUUUGCCCUAUUCCUGACAGCUGACACUGAUGUGGCAGAGACAACACAGAGAAACCAACACAAAUGUGACUCGAGUUAAAUAAAGUGGGAUGUAAGCUCUGUUUCAAAAUGAAACCUGGCAAAUCAUUGAUAUUUUUGUCAGGUAAUUUAAUGCUAUGGCUCUGAAUUAUUAGGUUCAGUUGAAAUGCUUUAUAUAACUUUUAUAUUCUAAUUGCAAAGCAAAAACACUAAUUGAAUAAAUAUAGUGUAUAAUCAUUCCUAUAAUAUGGGAAAUAUGAGUGUUUCAUAAACUUCAAAGACUUUUGCUUGGUAGAAUAAAUCCUGCAUUUUAUUUUCUACAGUGGACUCAGUAUAUGUUUUUUUUUAGUAUUAUGCUAAUCCGAGAGUAAAAUGCAAACAUGAAAUGCAAACCUUGCUGUAAAUCUGCAUGUGAUUGUAUUUUGGGAUCUCUUGUGCACAAGUAUAUAAAAGCUCUACAC